CUCAGUGAACAGAGCGAAGCGAUGGAGAGAUGCUCCAUCUCUCCUGUCGCUCGACUGACUGCCCUCCUCCUGGUUGCUCUGGUGACACAGCCCUCCACCUGUAACCGUGACGACAGCGAGGGCAAGGAGGAGCAGCAGCUGGACGCCCUGUCGGUCCAGCUGUCCGUCACGGCCCAGGUCACGCCUACCCCUCUGUGGGCGGUGGUCUGGGGUCCCACUCAGCCUCUGGAGGACGAGACCUACCACUUCCUCUCCAGCCAGGAAACGGAAGCCCUGCAUGGGGGCCUCGGGGGGGGACAGCAGGAGGCGAGCACCCCCCCCGAGGCGCACUGGCCCACGAGCCUCCAGCCCGGAGAGGACCCCCCCCCUGAAGUCCAAAGACCAGGGGGGGGGAGGAGGGGAGGACGGAGGGACGGAGGCGGAGGAGACGGAACAGUGGACCCUCAGUUCUACGUCACCUUGACCAUCUCCUCGCUGCUCCUCCUGACCGCAGUCAUCAUUACAGCCAAACUCUGUUACGACCGCAGCUGUUCCCAGCAUCCACCCCCGCUUUCCCGUGGCGUUGCCCCCCCGCUCUCCCUGGCUCUCCCCCGCUCCUUGGCUCCAGAGGACAGCCGGCAGACGCUGCACUCCUCCUCCACCGACAGGGAGAGGUAA